GGGGAUGGGGCGAUGGCGCGGGCGGGCGGCGGGACCCCGCGGGAGCUGUCCCUGGAGGAGGUGCUGAAGUGCUACGAGCAGCCGCUGAACGAGGAGCAGGCCUGGGCGCUGUGCUUCCAGAGCUGCCGCGCCGCCGCCGCCGCCGCCCCCGCCGCGCCCGCCGCGCCGCUCCGCACCGCCGACAUCCGCCUCCGCGGCGACGGCAGCGUCGUGCUGCCCGCACCGCCCGCCGAGAUGCCACCGCUGCUGACGCCCUCCAUCGAAGCGCAGAUGGUGCAGUCGUUGGGCUUUGCCAUCUACCGGGCGCUGGACUGGGGGCUGGAUGAGAACGAGGAGCGGGAGCUGAGCCCACGGCUGGAGCAGCUCAUCGACCUGAUGACCAACAGCGACUCGGAGGACAGCAGCUGUGCCACGGCGGACGAGGGCUACGGCGGGCAGGAGGAGGAGGAGGAGGGGGGUGAGGGGCCACCACGCGCCGUGCGCACCUUCGGGCAGGCCAUGCGGUGCUGCGCCGCGCGCCUGGCCGACCCCGCCGAGGCGCAGGCUCACUACCAGGCCGUCUGCCGGGCGCUGUUUGCCGAGACCGUGGAGCUGAAAGCCUUCCUCGCCAAGAUCCGUGAUGCCAAGGAGAUGCUGCAGAAGCUGAAGGAGGAUGAGGAGGCAGAGGAGCGGCCGGCGGCAGAGCUGGGCAGCCUGCGCAACACCGACUGGGCUCGGCUGUGGGUGCAGCUGAUGCGGGAGCUGCGGCACGGCGUGAAGCUGAAGAAGGUGCAGGAGAAGCAGUUCAACCCUCUGCCCACCGAGUACCAGCUCACCCCCUUCGAGAUGCUCAUGCAGGACAUCCGCGCCCGCAACUACAAACUCCGGAAGGUCAUGGUGGAUGGAGACAUCCCCCCCCGGGUGAAGAAGGAUGCCCAUGAGCUCAUCCUCGACUUCAUCCGCUCCCGGCCCCCGCUGAAGCAGGCGUCGGAGCGGCGGCUGCGGCCCCUGCCCCAGAAGCAGAGGACGCUCCAUGAAAAGAUCCUGGAGGAGAUCAGGCAGGAGAGGAAGCUUCGGCCCGUGGAGAUGCCGUACCGCGGCCAGAAAGGUUACAGCUCCCUGCCCUGCAUCCCCCACGCCUGCUCGGGCCGCCUGGCCUCCAGCUCCUGCCUGGAGCUCUCGCUGCCCACAGCCAGCACCACGCCAGCUCACCCACGGCCCCGCGUCCUGCUCAAGGCCCCCACGCUGGCCGAGAUGGAGGAGAUGAACGUCUCCGAGGAGGAGGACUCUCCAGGCACAGAGGUGUCACUGAAGCGGGACCGCUCCUUCUCGGAGCAGGACCUGGCUCAGCUGCAGAGCCAGCUGGGGGGUGGCCAGGCUGUGCCCCAGGAGCCAGAGCCGCUGCAGCCUGAGCCCCGGCCCCGCUCAGGCUCUGUCCCUGCCAGCUGCCACCCGCUGCCAGACAGCUCAGCUCGGCCCCAGGCUGCCCUCAGCGCCGUGGAGGAGAGGCCAGAGGAUGGAUCUGGUGCUGGCCCUGGCACCAGCUCCAAGCACGUCUGGCUGGAGUUCAGCCACCCCGUGGAGAGCCUGGCCCUCACUGUGGAGGAGAUGAUGAACGUGCGCAGGGUGCUGGUCAAGGCCGAGAUGGAGAAGUUUCUGCAGAGCAAGGAGCUGUACAGCAGCCUGCGGAAGGGCAAGAUCUGCUGCUGCUGCAGGGCCAAGUUCCCCCUCUUCUCCUGGCCUGCGGCGUGUCUGUUCUGCAAGCGGUCUGUCUGCAGCUCCUGCAGCCUGAAGAUGAAGAUGCCAUCCAAGAAGCUGGCUCACAUCCCCGUCUACGCGCUGGGCUUCGAGAGCCUCCCGGGCUCACUGCUGGCCAAAGCUCUGCCGCUGCGGAGGAGAGAGACCUUCCACUCGCUCCAGGGCACGUGCUGGCACCGGGUGGAAGAGGAGUUCCCGCACAUGUACGCCCAGGGCUCCGUCCUGCGCGACGUCUGCAGCGACUGCGCUGGCUUCGUCACCGACGUCAUCUGCUCCAGCCGCCGCAGCGUGGCCGUGCUCAACGCCGCGCCGCGUCACGCCAAGGCCCGCUCCCUCUACGGUGACUCCUGGCACAAGUGAGGCGCCUGGCGCAGGCGCUGCCGGCCGCUCGGAUGUACAUAUAUACAUAGGAUGUAUACAUACAGCCUCUAUAUUUAUAUACUGUACGGACCAGGGGGAGGCGAGGCCCGGCGGCAGGGCAGGGUGCCUGCCGUCCCCUCCGCACCCCACCGCCGGCGGGACGCUGGCACGGUUCCUGGGGGAACGGAUCCUGCCGUGGGACGCCCGCAGCCGCCAUCACCGGCCGUUGCCACCUCCACUUCUGUGCCAAGCCCUGGCUGCGCCGGGCAGGUGCUGGCCGUGCCGGGGUGCCCAGCGCCGCGGGCUGGCACAGCCGCUCUGUACAUCCCCCGCCUCGCCUAAUAAACCCGCUGGGCUGCC